UCUCUCUCAUUCCAUUCCUUCCCUCCAGGACUGGGCUGGUGUCCCCCCUCUCUCUCCCCUCCCGCUCUGCUUCAACCUUCGGCAAAGACGGAGAGUUCAUCAGUCUCUCCUCAGCGUGCUUCUCUCCAUUCCAAUGCUCCCAUUUCAGGCUCUCAGCUCCCGCGGAUGACUGUUCCAGUCCGCUUACAACCAGCUGCCUCCCUUCGAUACGACCGGAGCUGCCAGACCCCCUGAGAUUCAUCCAGCCUCAUCACCCGCCACCGGUGCUGUCAGUGGCCGAUGCGGCAAUACUGAAAUUUGUCGACAAGCAUACAUAGGGGACACGCAUCGCGGAUGGUGUACUCAUGUACUCGAGUAACUUGAUUGGGUUCAUUCUCGCAGUUGUCUCCAGCGCCUUCAUCGGCUCCAGCUUCAUCAUCAAGAAAAAGGGCCUCCAGAAGGCCGGCGCCAGUGGCCCUCGGGCCAGUGUGGGAGGAUAUGGAUACUUGUUGGAGCCCUUGUGGUGGGUUGGGAUGAUAACCAGUGAUGAUUGUCGGCGAGAUAUCGAACUUCGUGGCUUAUGUUUAUGCUCCUGCCGUGCUAGUGACCCCCCUUGGUGCAUUAAGUAUUAUCGUCAGUGCUGUUCUGGCACAUUUCAUGUUGAAUGAGAAGCUUAAGAGGAUGGGGAUGUUGGGGUGCCUUAUUUGCGUGGUAGGCUCUACCUUAAUUGUCCUCCAUGCACCGGAGGAGCUUAGUAUUGAUUCUGUUCAAGAAAUAUGGGAAUUAGCAAUUCAACCAGCAUUUCUUCUUUACACAGCAUCAGUAGCAGCUGUUGCUUUGGUUCUUAUUCUGUACUGUGCUCCUCGCUUUGGACAAACCAACAUAAUGGUGUACGUUGGAAUCUGCUCUGUUAUUGGAUCGUUGACGGUUAUGAGUAUAAAAGCCAUUGGAAUCGCAAUCAAGCUUACGUUGGAGGGCGCAAACCAGCUUGUAUAUUAUCAGACAUGGAUUUUCGCAAUGGUGGCAGUUACCUGUAUAGUCACUCAAUUGAAUUAUUUAAACAUGGCAUUGGAUACUUUCAACACCGCCCUCGUUUCUCCUAUCUACUAUGCGAUGUUUACAUCCUUCACAAUUUUUGCCAGUGUAAUAAUGUUUAAGGACUAUUCUGGUCAAAGUGCAAGUAGCAUAGCCUCAGAGCUAUGUGGGUUCAUCACUGUGUUAUCUGGAACUGCGGUGUUGCACAGUACAAGAGAACCAGAUCCUCCCCCAAUUACAGAUCUAUACACGCCGCUAUCACCAAAAGUGUCGUGGGUCAUCCAAGGCAACGGGGAAGUCUGGAAACAGAAGGAUGAAGAUGGGUCCUUCCCUAGUUUCAUCACCGUCCUUCGCCCGGACUAUUUCAAAUAGUCUGUCGGUGCUCGAGAAAAUGCAUUUCACUUCCAGAAGUGGCCGUCUUUCAUAAGUUUUAACCUGAGAAACCCAGAAGAAGUCGGCCUUUAAUUCCUAGACGCUUCUUCUUAUACACUCCCUAGCUUGCUUGAGAGACCCCAGUUCUUGUUUGCCAAAAUUUUGCGUCCUGUUAAUUCUUUGCGAGUCGGCCACAAUUAUCUUAUAGAAUUUCAGAAUGAGCUAACCCUUGUAAUUUUUGCUUUGAUCAUUUCAAAGAACGCGUACAUUGUGUAAAUUAUGCAUUUUUUUUCAAUUUCAAAUUGUUCAGUUGAUUACAUA